GGUUCAUGAAUCCACUGCCUCCGUCUCUCUUUCUCUCUCUCUCUCUCUCUCUCUCUCUCUCUCUCUCUCUCUCCAGUGUUUGUGUGGGCGUGGUUUCCCAAUCUCGGCCUGAUUGUCUGCGCCAGCUGGAACCACUUAUCUUCCCUUUAUAUGUUCUGUUACCAGUGUUUCUUGUUGUCAGAUCGUUGUUUCUUCUCUGAGGUUGUGUCGUGUGUCCGUGCUCUUCUCUUGUGUGAAUUAUCUGCUGUGCUCCUUCCUACUCAUCCGGACACACUCCCCUGGUUUUCUCAGCACGUUAUGAUCGGAAGAUGCGCCCGAGUUCCUGGGUCGGAUUCCUUCUGAGUACAGUCUGUCUGUCAUGUUGCUGCUGUGAACUACAUUCAUUAAAACCAUCGUUGCUUGCAUCUUGCAUCCGCCUAUGUGUUGUAACAGAACGAUCUGACCAGACCAUGGAUGCAGCGAGUUCAACGAGUCUGACCGAAUUCCUUUCCGCAGUAUCACGAGAAUGGAUCAACAAGAGGAGAACAUCUCCAGCACAGGUCGGGCAGUACAAGCCCUUUCGACGCAGGUAUCCCAGCUGACCCAACAAUUGCAACAUCUGAGGGGUUCCGCUGCGCCACCUACACCGGCAGUUCAACCCGCCCCGCCAGAGCCGGAUUCCCAGCUAGAGCCACGGCUACCGACACCAGAGGGUUAUUCAGGUGUAUUGAAAACUAACGGAAACGAGUUAAUGGGCAAGCUGCUACUACUAUUGGAGCAGGCGGCAAAGAACUGGUCUCCCAAGAGGUUCCGAGAGUCAGACUGCACAAACUUCCAACAUCUGCAGAGAGCGCACAAGCAUGUUAAUAUCAUCUUCCGCCCAGCAGGGGAGUGUGGGCCUGUGGUAGCUGGUCCCCUACAAGACGGUGAGGUACCGGAGGUCCCUCCACCCCCUCUGGACAUCGAGCGGUCCCCGGCGUACACAGUACGAGCGAUUUUGGACUUGAGACGCCGGGUGAGGGGCCUGCAGUACCUCGUGGACUGGGAGGGGUACGGCCUGGAGGAGAUGUGCUGGGUACCGGGGAGGGACAUUUUAGAUCCUUCCCUCUCGAGGGAUUUCCACCGCCUCCAACCGGAUCGCCGCGCGCCUCGUCCUCCGGGUCAUCAUCGAGGCCAGGAUCGGCGCGCUGCGGGAACCGCGCGUCAGGGGGGGUACUGUCACGAAUCUCGCCGAAGAUGGUGCCUCUUCCUGUUCGGGCGGCGCUCGGCGGUCGUCGUCGCCGGCCUAUUAGCUGCCAUCGAUUCCCUUUCCGUUUGUUUGUUUAUUGGGUUUAAUUGGGUACACCUGUUUUGAGUUAGUGUUUGUUUGUAGGCUAUUUAAGGGCACUAGGCCCGCUGGGUAUUUGUGCGGGUUUGUUUCCUGUUAUCUAUGUACGAGUGUUAUCAGUAUUUUUCAGACAGUUUUUAGUCCGGUGUAUUUUUGGGACGGGUUGUUUCAUGAGCCCUGGUGUUUUGCAUGUCAUGGAUCCACUGUCUAUGGAAUAAAAUAUCCACGUACUG